AUGCGGUUGCUUAAAUUGAAAGCAAAAACUUCGACGUCUGAUUCGCCGACAAUUGUAGUGCCCAACGAGGUUGCUACCACAACGCUGCCGUCGACAAAAAUUUCGAGUUCGAGCUGCUCGAUAGGCGCGUCCGCGAUGUGCCGCGAGAUUUGCUCAAAAAUCAACGAGACCAUUUUUUCGGCGAACGAGCGAAUCCGUUUUUCUACCAUUGAUAUCACUUUGGCUGGAAUAGACGGACUGCUUUUGCUGAUUUUAAUAGCCCUCGUCGUUUAUUAUUUUGUAAAAUUGAAGUCAAAAUCGGAUGCCAACGAAAAUUCGCCGACGGUUGACAUGGAUCGAUCGACGAGAAUGAUGGCGCAGCCGAUGGAUCCCGCGACGAAUGCUCUGCUCUCGAAUCCCGUUUAUAUGGCCAAAUAUAAUGCGUUUAAAGAGGCGAGAGAUAAGGAAUAUGCGGAAGACGUGAAGCAGAUUAAUCAGGCGAAGAAGUCGACCAUCUACAUUCCGAAUGAAAUCAACGAUAUUGAUCUUGUCGCUCGUGUGAGCAACAGAGACAUUAAUCUCGACAAGGUUUUCUAUGAUCCGAAGAAUAAUGAGCAAUUCGAAAUUGGCUCCGAUGUCGAUGAGGUCGAGCUCGAGCCGAGCACAAUGGCGACGAUUGCCACAUCGGUUAUGGAUUCGGCGAUGACGAAGACAAAAGGCGGCUCCUGUUGA